AUUUGAAGAUCAUCAAAUGUGUUUCGUGUAAUUCUGUUUUAUUUUCCUGUGCACUUUUGCAUUCAAGUGUUUCCAGUGUGUGUGUUUGUGUGAUAUUCAUAAUUGUAUCAAUCAAUAAUAUUUUUUGCAUCAUAAUUUGUCACUUAAAUCAUUUUAUAAAAAUGAAAAAUAUUAAUUUGAUUGUCGUUUUAUUGUUGGCAACCAUUUACUCUACAUUUGCUGCAAGAUAUAUUCGAUCAGUGAAAGGUGGUCGAGGUUUUGGUGGCAGCUCUGGUGGUGGUUAUCAAUCUUCUGCACCAAUUUCACCAUCUCGUUCACGAUAUAGCGGUGGCGGUGGUGGUGGUAGUUUACCAUCAUUUGACACUGGUAGCUAUGGAGGUGCAAGUGUAGCUCCAACUGGUGGUUCAUAUGGUGGAGAAUCUAAUAGUGGAUACGGUGGUGGACAAUAUGCUGAAGAGCAUCCUGCCCCAGAACCAUAUAAUUUUCAAUAUGCUGCCGAUGAUGAAUAUGGUAACAAUCAAUAUCGUAAUGAAGAACAAGAUCAAAGUGGUACCAUUCGUGGAUCAUAUGGUUAUACAGAUGCCAAUGGAUUAUAUCGAGUUGUCGAUUAUAUUGCUGAUAAUGAUGGUUUUAGAGCAUCGAUUCGAUCAAACGAACCCGGUGGUUUAACGGAACUAAACCCAAAAACUGGAUCUGUAGAAAAUCCAGCCGAUGUUCAAUUGUCACCAGAACCAGUACCAGCUUCGGUUAGGCAACAACAAGAACAAUAUACUUCGGCAGCUGCAGGUUCUGGAAGAUAUCGCGGUGGUAAUGCUAAAGGUAAUGCUGGAUAUAGUGGAAACGCUGCUGGUUCAGGAUAUGGUGGCGGUUCUAAUACCGGAAGUGGAUUCAGUUUUGGUGGUGGCGCUAGCUCUCAUGGUGGUGGUGCAUCCGGAUAUGGUGCUGGAUUUGGUGGUUCUAGUGGUGGCAGCAGUAGUGGUGGUUUUAGAGGGGGUUCGGCCGGACCAAUUACCCAACAAAAAUUAUCCGGAAAAUACUGAACUUAAAUC